AUGGAGCUCUCUUCCCUGCUUCUCCUCCCUUUUCUCGGUUUCUUCUACCUCACCAAGGUCUGGGCCGCCGGCCGGAACGCACCUCGCCUCCCUCCAGCUCCCCGGGGCUUGCCUCUGAUCGGGAACCUGCACCAGGUGGGUGCUCUCCCCCACCGCGCCCUGCGCGCGCUCGCCGCAACGCACGGAGCGCUCGAACUGAUGCGGCUCCGCCUGGGCCAGGUACCCGCGCUGGUGGCCUCCUCCCCGGCCGCCGCCGCGGCGCUCAUGCGCGAGCACGACGGCGCCUUCGCCACGCGGCCUUACUUCCGCACGGCCGAGAUCCUGACGUACGGGUUCCAGGACCUUGUGUUCGCGCCCCACGGCGAGCACUGGCGGCACGUGCUCAGCGCCGUGCGGUCGCACAGCUUCGACGGCGUGCGGGAGCGGGAGGUCGCCGCGCUGGUGCGGGCCAUCAGGGAGCGCGCGUCCUCCUCGCCCGAAGCGGGCGUGGUGGACGUUAGCAAGGCGCUGUACGGCUUCGCGAACGGCGUGAUCUGCCGGGCGGUGUCCGGGACCGGGAGGCUGUCCCGGGAGGAGGAAGGCCGGAGGAGCGAGCUGUUCCGGGCGCUGAUCGAGGAGAACACGGCGCUGCUGGGCGGGUUCUGCGUCGGGGACUACUUCUCGUCGCUGGCGUGGGCGGACGCGCUGUCCGGCGCCGGCGCGAGGGCGUGGAGGAACUUCAAGCGGUUGGACGAGGUGCUGGAGAAGGUGGUCCAGGAGCACGAGGCGCGGCGCCGCCGUGGUGACGGCGGCGACGGCGAGGAGGAUGAUUUCGUGGACGUGCUGCUGGCGCUGCAGGCGGAGGAGAAGCAGGACGACGGGUUCGAGCUCACCAGGGACGCCAUCAAGUCGCUGCUGGCGGACAUGUUCGUGGCCGGCACCGAGACGUCCUUCAUCACGCUGGAGUGGGCCAUGUCGGAGCUGGUCAGGAACCCCGCGGCCAUGGAGCGGCUCAAGAGUGAAGUCCGUGCAUCGGCGAAAGCCACAAGAGGAAGAGAACUUUCUCUCCUGCGACGCGACGAUCUAGGCCGCACGCGCUCGAUCGGACGGCAGAUAGGCACCGAGUAG